AUGGCAACCGAAAAGUUCAUGCAAGAUGUUGAACAAGCUUCUGAGAUUGCCGACCACGAUGUUGUCGACGAAGCUCUCCUCGCACGUGAAAAAGCCUUGAUCUGGAAACAGGAUCUGCGCAUUGUUCCUUUAUGCGCUGGCAUUUAUCUGUUGUGUUAUCUCGACCGAUCCAAUAUCGGAAAUGCCAAAAUCUUGAAUGCGGAUACACACAAUGAUCUUCUCUCCGAGACUAAUAUGACUUCCUAUCAAUUUACAAUUGCACUAAUGGUGUUCCUGAUUGCUUAUGCACUAUUCGAAGUCCCAUCGAAUUACUUCUUGAAGAAACUCCGACCAAGUCGCUGGAUCGCCUUCCUCAUGCUCUCCUGGGGCGCGACAACCAUGGGUCUCGGCGGCGUGCACAAUUACGCUCAGGUCACAGGACUCCGAUUCCUCCUCGGAGUGAUGGAAGCCGGUCUUUUCCCCGGCUUCGUCUACUACCUCACAUUCUGGUACCGCAACUCGGAGCGAUCCAUCCGCGUUGCCAUGAUUCUCGCCUCGGCGACUCUAGCUGGAGCUUUUGGCGGAGCUAUCGCCUAUGCCGUGGGACACAUGAAUGGCGCACACGGACUUUCUGCUUGGAGGUGGCUGUUUAUUAUCGAGGGGGCUCCGUCGUGUGCGUCAGCGGUUCUGGUCUGGUUCCUCCUGCCAGAUUACCCGGAGACUGCCAGGUGGCUCAGUGCCGAGGAGAAGGAGCUGGCCGAACAGAGGUUGGCUCUGGAGGGAUCCAAGGGCUCUGCUCAGGCUAUGACGUGGGAGGAUGCUAAGGGCACAUUGACUGAUUGGAGACUAUAUGCUCAUUAUAUGGUAUACUUUGGCAUCUCGACGCCGUUCUCAAGUCUCUCUCUGUUUACUCCUGCUAUCACUUCUGGUCUGGGAUACUCGAAUCUGCGUGCUCAGCUGAUGACUGUGCCUCCAUACGCGGUAGCCUAUGUCGUGACAGUGGCUGCUUCCUGGUCUGCAGACCAUUUCAACAGUCGUGGCGUUCAUUCAGCCAUAUUCUCUUUUAUUGGCGCAAUGGGCUUCCUCGCCUCCGCUGUUCUCCCCGCCAGUGCCUAUCUCAGUCGCUAUGGCUGCCUCAUAGUCGCCGCCAGUGGCUCCUUUGCCUGUAUCCCACCCCUACUAGGCUGGCUAUCAUCCAAUAUCCGCUCAACAGCCGGCGCAGGUCUCGCAAUUGCCCUCAACGUAUCAUUUGGUGCCCCUGGCCAGAUCGUCGGUGUCUGGAUUUACAAAAGCAACGAGGCAGAGAGGGGAUUUCCAACAGGCCAUUGGACAAAUGCCGCAUUGCUUCUUUUCGUGACAGCCGGCUGCAUUCUAUUGAGACUCUACUACGGAUGGCGUAAUCACCGUGGAGACGGGGCACGAGACGGAAAGAAGUUCGCGUAUUAG